GUCAACAUAUACGAAGUCUCUGAUCGAGAAUGGACCAGAGAUGUCUUGAUGGGCACGCAUGCUCGAUUGUGCUAUACACUCAUUCUCAUGAGCUGGCCGGCUGUAUCCCUCACUGUUUCUAUCGUCUUUCUGAAGACAUCUCUUAUGAUGGCGUGUUAUGCUUCUGGAGUCUGGUGGCUUCAAUUCUUGGUGACAGUAGAGAUCAUGACCUGGGUGUGGCUGCUACCUCUCUCUGUCUGGUGUGCACUCAAAAAGACUCUGCCACCAAACGUCAGACACGACCUCAAAUCUAAACGGGCGAACAUCCCCACAGUGCCAUGAGUCCCAUGACUUGGGGGAGACUGGUGGGUAUCACUAUAGAGUCUUGUUCCUAUAUAUUCACCUACGAGUUCUGCUGAUUGCAAAGUUCGUUGCAGGCUGGGUUAGGCACUUCACUGACUAGUAGACUCAUAACCAGUCUGACGUACCUCUUUGAGUGGUAGAAAAUGGUAUGUCCUAUUUCAAUUCUAUGUAUCGAC